AUGGCUGCACCGGGCUGCGGAAUCAUCUUUACCCCUUCACACAGGAAUGACCGCAGCAACAGCAGCUUGCGCAGGUCCUUGAGUUUGAACUCCAAGCCCAGAUCUACCCUUACUGGAACGAACAGACCACUUAAUACACAUCUCCAAGGCUCCGACAUGGGACUAUCAACUGGACACAAUAGGUCUCUGUCGGACAAGAUGAGGAAUCUACACCGAAAGAAGAACUCGAACGAGAGUAAUCCAGGACCGAAACCACUGGCGUCCGCCAUGGCUGCUGGUUCCAUUAGGAGGCCUCCCAAGCAUCUCGACCUAAUGGAAGCAGCAUCACACAAUGAAGGUGAAGGCGUGCACUCGAGGAGGAACGAUGGCCCACAUCGGGGAGUGGAAACAAGCAAGGAAAACAAAGGCAUCAGUGUGAAGCAGAUGAGGCCGUCGAACAACAUGGACCAGUCCUAUCGCUCAAUCGCAUACAACCAGUACCUGUCACAGGCUUUCGGUCUGCAGGGAGAAGAGAAGCCAAGGCCUGCAGCGAUACAAAGACUCAGAGUACCAGAGGCUUCGGAGGCGCGGCCAGACUCUGACAUAAGUGCAAUGACUGGUGACUCAAUGGAAGUGAACUUCCACGUGGAUCCCGCUGCUGCGCCCUCUGCCAAAGACCGAAGACCCAAAAUACAGGUCACCAUCCCUGGAAAGGUCACCAGACGACCGCACUCUUCCUCACAUUUGGCAACGCAGAUGGACAGGCAAAAGUCGCAGAGGAGAAGCGGGGAUAUACAGACACAAAUUUCACCUCCCUCAUCGACCACACAUCAGCAAAACGCAGGGGACGUGCCUGUAAGGUUAUCCGUCGUUUCUCCUCUAUCAGUCGUUGAAAUGCCAAAACCAAGGAGGCCUUUCUCUGCCUUCUCUCUGGAAGACAUGACAAGCGACACGCCUCGUAACGCUCCGUCGUUGGAAAAAUUGGCGCGCUCGGAUUCGUCGGAUGACACAGGCGACCUUGAUGACAGAUCAUCAAAUUACAGCGGUCGCUCCUCGAGGUCAAGUUUGAUGGAGGAUACUGCCGUUCACAAAUCCCACCACCGGUGUCAAAGCAUCGCCUUCUCCAUCAUUUCACCCGCGGCAGCUGGGGUGUUUGACGGUACACCGCUCGCAUUGAAAAACAACAGGCUGAGGGCCUUCAAGAGCACGACCUCGUUAGCUUCUGUCGACAUGAACAAGCCAUUACCACCGGAGCCAGGAGCAGAAGUAGCGCCCCUGAAUGUUGCAUACUCUCGGGCCGGCAGCAUGAAGGGAAAGCGAAAGGUGCCCUCGCCUCUCACAUUUUCACGGUCGUCUAUGUAUGAGACGCCGUCACAGUUUCCAUCUCGAAUGUCCUCCUUGCGCUCGAAAUAUACUCCCGCCGACCUCGACGCUCUUGACGCUGCCUUCACAAAGACGAGUCCCAACGUCCAGGCAGGAUUCGAGUACCAACCCGAACCCUCGCUGAGUCAGGCUGAGGCGGAGUUGGAAGCUCAUUUAGGCACCAUCAGUGAAGAGCCUACAAUGCAACAUCCAAACAUGAUGCCUAUGGCACAUGACCCUCUGCAAAUAAGUCGUGGACCCAACACGAUGGUUCCAUCACGACACGCACCUCAUCCGCCAUCGUCGCUGAAACUGAGCGAUGGAAGUAUCAGCAGCCGGAAGCGAUUACAGAAGAAGAGUGCAACCCACGUUGCCAUGCAGAUGCGUGGAGACUCAUCAAAGUGGGAUUCCGAUGACAGCAGCAGGAGUGGCCUACGUCGCCGCAUUUCCGCGCCGGCAGUGGGAUCGACCGCAAAAGCCGACAAGAUUCUUGGCAAACCUGCGACUCAAAUGGCGAGGGAAAGCAGCUCGGAAUCUAACUGGAGCUCUAGCGAAUCUCCCCAGACUAUGUAUGACGGCGAUUCUUCAAGCCCGACCAUGUCAAGAGAGGAUUCUAGCACCCCCGAGACCGACAUUUCUUCCAUCCCAGAUCACGCUUAUGAAGAAGUUCGAGCGAGGUUGGAGUUACUAAGCCCCAAGAACAACAAUGAUUCUGAACAGUUCGCGGCCUUCGCUCCGAAAACAAAGGAACAUUUAGAAUCGUCUUCUUCCAUUAAUAGGCCACUACAGACACAAAUCGAUGACGCGACUCCUGACACGAUACUGCCAUCGACAACUCCAGAGAACAGUAGCAACGCGCAGACUGAACUGACUGCGCCCGCCAUCUACUUAAAGCCAGUCGAGGAAUUUCAGGAAUCUCAGGUCACCAUCGCGAUCGGCCUUGAUGCGCCCAUAGACGAGAAUGACGAAAGCAACAUCCACCCCCUUCAGAGGCGGGCUGCCCAGGACGAGUCGCCCCAACGACGCCGGUCAAUGGCUUCUAUUGUAAUGACUGAGAGACCACGAUCCCUUGCGUCCAUUGCGAUGUCAGAGAUUCCAGAUAUCUAUGCCAGCCUCCCAUCUCCAGGAUUGACGAUCAGAAGUCGACAGUCUUUCUUUGUAGAAGACGUCGAACGUGACAUCUCCGCCGAUGCAGCUGAGGUAGUCCUUCUACGCAUCUUGGAAAGCCUUGACAACCUGCAAGAUCUCUUCGCUACUGCUACAGUCAGCAGGGGAUUCUACCGCACCUUCAAGCGACACGAGCUUCCCUUGAUGAAGAAUGCGCUUUACGGCAUGUCUCCAGCUGCUUGGGAGCUUCGCGAAAUGAGCCCACCCUAUCCUGGGUUAGAAAGCGGUGAUAACGCUCUUCCAAAGUUGCUUGAAUACUCGCCUUCUCUCUAUCUACAACACUACAUGAGGGACAUGUACACCAUGAUCGCUCUCAAGUCAAUGAUUUUGAUACAUUGCGAAUCAUUCCUUCGUGCUGACACCAUCACCGCACUCGCAGGCGGUGAGACUGAACGAGCCUCCCAGAUCGACGAUGCUUUUUGGCGUGUGUGGACCUUCUGCCAGGUGUUCGGAUGUGGAUCAAACCGAGGCGAUGACAUCGUUGGUCAGAUGGAUUGGCUAAGGGGAGGCACCAUGGCCAAGCAUCAACGACGGACUGCCAACACCAUGGAGUUCGGUGCCGACGUGAACAGGAAUAGUGUUCUCUACAACUCGCCGCCAACAUUCGGCAAAGGCAAUGUGGGUGGACUGACAGCGGAGGACCUCUACGAUAUGACAGAGAUCUGGACCUGCCUGGGCGUUCUCGUCCGCGGGUUCCAGGGCAAGCGCCAAGAGGCGAGGGAGUAUGGAAUCUUCGACAAGGCAGACAUCAUCACUGGUGAUGUCGAACAGGAAGAUUCAGUGCUUGAGGAAUGGACCUACCACCUCCUCACUCUCGCUCCUCCCGCCGUCCUGGACGUCACCUCGCCCACCUCACCCACAGCUGCGACCUUUGCCCACGCCCGUUCGCGUGGCUACACCACCUGGACAACACCUACCGUUUCCCGCGCCACCUUCCUCAAAGAAGCCGUCUCCCGCGUCUACCAGGAAAGAAUUGCAGAGCGCCAUCCUACCUCGCCCAGCCCGUCUUCAAAAGGAAAGAUCACGGACCCCUCCUCUCCCAUCUCCAAACAGCCCAUAGACGACGUCGUGGCCGCCCGCUGGCGUUGCGCUCGCCACGCGGCAGAAAUCCGCGCCAAGCGCAGCGAUCCUGGCUUCAAGGCUCUGCCGCCUUCAGAGGACAGACCCAUGUCAGAAUUCCCUGACGUUCUCGAAAAGCUGGACAUGGGUAUUGCCCCUCCUGUUCCUGCUAUCCCGUCAGCUCACUCUCGAACUCCUUCCGACCUUGACACCUCCAAAAACUUCGUCUCUGCCCUCGUCGUGCCUGCUGGCCCUCAAGUCCGCGACCCUGUCGAUGUCGCUGUCGAUAGGCUCGUAGCUAUGGGUUUCGAGAAGAAGAAGGCCGCCAAAGCGCUUGCCGAGACCGACACGGGAAAUUCAGUCGAUUUCGCGAGAGCACUCGAGUGGUUGGUUAGAGAGAGGAAGAGGGAUGUGGGUGGCUUGAUGCAUUCAGGGUAUAGAGGACCCGCCACCCCAACUGGAGAGAGCGAUGAGAUCGCGAGUGCGAACGCCGAGAGUGCUAUCCGCGACGCCGUUGGUCUCGGGCUGAAUGUUGGGGGCAGAGCUUGGACGUGA